UCCAAUGUUGUGGUUUUAGGUGGACCACCCGGCAGUGGUAAGAGCGCCACAAUCCGAGCUUUGUGUGACGAACUACACUAUGAGAUAUUUGAAGUUCACGCUGGCAUGAAGCGCAGCCACAAAGACAUCAAAGAUGCUGUUGGGGAGAUUGCACAAAGUCACCUGCUCAACCAGAGUAAUGACGGCAAAGCUGGCGCGCUGUGUGUCUUGCUCUUUGAAGAUGUCGAUGUCAUUUUCGCAGAGGACAAGGAGUUUUGGACGGGAAUUUUUGCGCUCAUUGCUACGGCUCGUCGCCCACUGCUUCUCACUUGCAACGAUGUCAGCCUGCUUCCACGGCCACUUGCAGACAAAAAGGUUCUGCUUCACUUCGAU